CUUCAAUGCUAGACGCUGUUGUCACCGUCAUAUUGGAGUGUGUUGGGAUUCAGAUACCGUUAGCCAUUGCCACUAAUGGAUAUUGUUAGCAAGCUAUUUUAGUGUGUUUAGUGUACUGCUUAUAGCUGAGAUGUUAUGUUGCUAACUGCUGAGCUAAGUUAGCCAUUGCCACUAAUGGAUAUUGUUAGCAAGCUAUUUUAGUGUGUUUAGUGUACUGCUUAUAGCUGAGAUGUUAUGUUGCUAACUGCUGAGCUAAGUUAGCCAUUUCCACUAAUAUAUAUUGUUAGCAUGUUAUGAGAUGUUAUGUUGCUAACUGCUGGGCUAUGUUAGCCAUUGCCACAAAUAGAUAUAGUUGGCAUGUUAUGAGAUGUUAUGUUGCUAACUGCUGAGCUAAGUUAGCAUUGCCACUAAUAGAUAUUGUUAGCAUGCUAUUUUAGUGUGUUUAGUGUACUGCUUAUAGCUGAGAUGUGAUGUUGCUAACUGCUAGCUUUAUAAACAUUGCAGUAGGGUAGAUGAAUAUCAUUAAUUAUUCCCAAUAACAUAUAGUUAAAGGCAAAUUGUCUAUUUGAGAAGUGUGUAUCAAACUGGUAGCCAUUAGCAUUCAUCAGGACCCAAGAAGUAACUCUCUGUUUCUAAAAGGUUGGUGACCCUGGUCUAAAACAGAAAUGCAAAUAAAAACAAUAAGUGGAUAUUCUUGUCACUCACUUUGUAACCCUUAAUGCUAAGUAUAUUUUACUGCAUUUAAUGAUGCUGGGAAAUCCCAUAAAAUUCACUCAAACAUGUGAAUUCAUUUUUAACGACGUGGUGUCUUUGAACGGAACUCCUCAUUGCUCAUAAUAAAACAGUUCAAGUCUGAUUCAAAUAAUCUGAUAUUAAAGUAUCCAUCCAUCCAUCCAUCCAUCUUCUGUGCUGCGUAUCCUCACUAGGGUCGUGGGGGGAUGCUGGAGCCUAUCCCAGCUGACUUCAGGCAAGAAUUAAGUGUUGGGUAAAUAGAUUUUCAGACAUGUGUGCCAUCUUUUUGAUUUAAAUGUUGCCGCUGUUAAUCCAAAUCCAUCCAAAUAUACAUAAUCCUGCCCCAUAAUUUGGCUUUCUUUCAAUUAGAAAUACGGUAAAAAUGGGCAUAUUUCAGACAUAGUGAGACAUAAUGAUUAAUCAUGAUUAAUUAAUUUGUAAACCGGGAUUAAAAUGUUUGAUUUGACAGCCCUACUUUUAAUACAAUUCAGACACGUUUACAAUCCUUGGAACUGUUUUUAAAUGCAGAGAAACAACAGUCAUGUCAUUCUCAAACCUGAAAUGAGCCUGCCAAGACCAUUAGCACUAGAAACGGUAAGCCGAUAGAGAUGGUUACUAAUUACAAGUAUCUAGUCUAUAAAUUUCAAGUGAAACUUGGAUUUUAUUAGAGGAAUAAUUCCUGUUUCUCCCUCAGAGCUUGGAAAUAUCUUGUUUCUGCAACAUUUACCACUGAUUGAUUGAUGGUGAUGUUCUGUAUAUGAGUGCCUCCUUAAAAUGUCUUAUGUCUAUCAUUGUACACUACGCUUUAGUACUGGUUGUGGUCAUCUCACUCACCAUUGUGAGUUAUAUGCCAAAGCAGAGUGGUCCUGCUUGAGCUCCCGGAGGUAUACUCACAGGAGGAUGUUGAUUUACAAAUCUCUUCUUGCAUUACUUCCACCCUAUUUAUGCUCUAUGAUGCUCUAUGCUGCAGAAAUCAAAGAGCACGUAUGCCUUAUGAUCCUGCACAGUUCAUCACAUAAAUGUACCCAGAGUCAGAACUGCCUACUUUUGUUGAAAUAAUUAUGGCACCCUUUCUGUAAAUCCUAUUAAGUUCAUCUCCCUUCUCAUUUAUCGCUGUGUAGGUCUGCUAUAUGAUAUAUUGAACUGAAAUUUCUGAUCCCGACAACCAGUGAUUUAGAAAGGAAAAUCUUGAAAAUGAUCAGGGUACUCAAACCUUUUCAUACCACUGUAUAUGAAUUAUUUUAAAUGACCCCUCUAUACGAUGACGUGCCAUCGAACUAGUGUAUGUGCUGAGUGCAUGCAGCACAAGAUGCGAGAGUGAUGGAAUGGCUGCCUCCUAUUGGCUGCUCCCCCCCGUAUAAAGAGCUGCAGUGGCAAAUUCAAUCAGAUCAACUGCAGACACCCCUCGUGGGCGAGGAGAAACUGGUGCACAUGUUAUUCUUUUUCUUUUGCCUUGUACCGCUGAUUAUUCGCCAUAUUUCCACCAAUUUCUACUGGACUAUUGUGGCCACCAUGAAGGAGAGGAGAAACACGCAGCCGAUGGUGGCAAGAUGCAAGCUGGUUCUGGUGGGAGACGUCCAAUGCGGGAAAACGGCAAUGUUGCAAGUGCUGGCUAAGGACUGUUAUCCAGAGACCUACAUGCCGACAGUGUUUGAGAACUACACUGCCUGUCUGGAGCUGGAGGAGCAAAGAGUGGAGCUCAGUCUUUGGGACACGUCAGGUUCUUCAUACUACGACAACGUGAGGCCUCUGUGCUACAGCAAUUCUGAUGCAGUGUUGCUGUGUUUUGACAUCAGCCGGCCAGACGCUGUGGACAGCAGUCUGAAGAAGUGGAAAGCUGAGAUCUUGGACUUCUGCCCAACGACACGCAUCUUACUUAUUGGCUGUAAGAUAGACCUGAGGACCGAUGUCUGCACUUUGAUGGAACUGUCCAAUCAGAAGCAGAGCCCAGUCACCUAUGAGCAGGGUGCUGCUUUGGCCAAGCAGCUGGGGGUUGAGUCCUACCUGGAGUGCUCAGCCUUCACCUCCGAAAAGAGCAUUCACAGCGUGUUCCGUACGGCAGCCAUGACGUGCAUCAACCAGCUGCAGCCCCUCCUGAAGCCCGGCCCCUCCCGCCGCCUGUCCAAAAGACUGCUUCACCUGUCCAGCAGGUCGGAUUUGCUCUCCUCCACGUUCAAGAAGGAGAAGACCAAGAGCUGCUCCGUCAUGUGAGCCGCAAUGGUUGCUGGUAAAAGUCUUCACUCCAGCCCCCUGCAUCUUUGGUCUCGGGGAAGGGGAGUGGGCACAGUGGUUUUAUCUGGGCUGCCCGCUGAUUCCUUCCCCCACCCACUAGAAACCAAACCCCCCUCAGAAGAAGUGGAUCACCAGGCUGUCCACUUGCUCCUGAGCCUUUAGUACACACCUUUUCCCAGUAACCAACGUUAGUAAAGGCUUGAAGCCCCGAGCUGUCCAUCAUCAUCUCCCUGCUAUCUUCAUGUAUCUCAUGGAUCAUUCCAAAGUACAAAAAUAAAGCUAGCAUGCAGCCUUCA